GUGAGCACCUCGUUUUUUUUUAAAUAAAUUAAGGAUUAAUGAAUAAUAAUUUAUUCGACUUCUUAUAAUUGCGAACGUAAAUAUGGUAAUAUUUUCUGUAUUAUGUUUUUAUCGGUUUUUUGUGGUGGAGGUUACAGUACAGGUACGCGUUUUUAAGUAUAUAAGUAAAAAAUUUCAAACUAUAUAAGAUAACCAAACAGUUAGUAGAAGUGAUUCAAGUAACUAGAAGAUAAUUGUGAUGUGCACCUAAUUACAAAUAAAAAUACGAAGUUCAAUUGCUGCAAUCUUCUUCGAUACAAUAGCCGGUGUUUCUACCCAACGAAAAUGUCUCUGAUGAGAGGAAACUUGCCAUCAUUCAGAGGAAAAUUCUUCAGGAAAUUCCUCGGAAAUUUCAAAAACCAAAACAGAUGCAUUUCUACAAAUCCCGACGACCAUCCCAACAUUCUGAAGAGCGACAGCAAAGACAUUGUUGUUCCCGAUGCUACUUUACCUGAAAUUAUUUACAAUAAAAUGCAACAGUUUCCUAAUUACAUAGCAACUGAAUCUGCUGCCACAGGCAAAAAGUACACAUUCGAGCAGAUCCAUGUCAAGAGCAAAAAUUUAUCCAAGCAUCUAAGACAUAAAUUCGGAUUAAAAGAAGGCGACAUUGUAGCAUUCUACAUGCCUAACCUGCCUGAAUAUACUAUUUGUUUCUUAGGUGCUUUGGACGCGAGAUUAAUAGUCACCACAAUGAAUCACCUAUACACGCCAGAUGAAAUUGCCAUUCAAAUAAUCGACGCAUCUCCAAAGUUGAUUUUUACCCAAUCGCACUUGUUAAAUACACUUAAAUCCGCUUUAAAGAUAUCGAACCGAGACUUACCUACUAUUAUUGUGAAAGAUAGACAAGAUGAGAGCAUUCCUAGAGACACAGUUGAUUUUUUCGAGCUAACGGAUACGGCCAUCGAUGUUCCAGAUUCACCACCGGGCAAUAGUGCAGAUGUAGCCAUUAUUCCUUAUUCCAGCGGUACAACUGGUCUUCCGAAAGGCGUGCAAUUGUGCCACAAGAACCUUAUAGCGAAUCUAUUACAAAUCGUCAGCCCAGAUUUCAAGUACUUGAAAGAACCAUCAGGAGAUUUUCAAGAAAUUACCCCAGCUGUUUUGCCUUUCUAUCACAUUUUCGGCAUGGCAAUGAAUUUUCUGUAUUUGUAUUGCGGUGUCCGAACAGUAGCUUUGGCUAAAUUUGCUCCUGACACAUAUAUUGAAGCAUUGAAGAAGUACAGACCGACGUUCAUUAGCGGAGCGCCGCCUUUAGUAUUUUUCCUAACUUCUCAUCAGGACGUGAAACCGGAGUACUUGAAAAAUCUAAGAAACUUAACAUCAGGCGCCGCUCCUUUGGGCUAUUCUGACGAAGAGAAGUUCCUAAAGAAAGUCGGCAGAUCAGACGUCACAAUAUUCCAAGGUUAUGGUCUCACCGAAACGUCCCCUGGCAUCACUUACUUUAACAAAUACCACGUAAGAUCGGAAGAAAACAGCGGAUCCGUGGGCAAAUUGCUGCCCAACACGAUUAUGAAGAUAGCCAACGUCGACGAUCCGCGGGGAGAGCCUUUGGGCGUUAAUCAACGAGGCGAAAUCCUAAUCAAAGGCCCCCAAGUCAUGAAAGGCUACUACAAAAAACCGCAAGAAACUCAAAACACUUUUGCUGAUGGUUGGUUGCGGACGGGAGACAUUGGUUACUACAAGGAGGACAAGUACAUUUGGAUCAGUGAUCGCCUUAAAGAACUAAUCAAAGUUAAAGGUUACCAGGUGGCUCCGGCGGAACUGGAAGCCGUAAUUCGAGCUUUUCCUUCGGUUGAAGAUGCUGCUGUAGUUGGAGUGCCUCACGCCAAGUUCGGCGAGGCACCUCGAGCGUUCGUGGUACCCAAAAAAGGUGUUCAGUUCAAGCCAGAGGAACUGGAGGCGUACGUGGCGGAAAAAGUCGCCCCUUACAAGAAACUAACCGGUGGAAUUGCCAUUAUCGAUAGUAUACCCAAAAAUCCGGCUGGAAAGAUCUUGAGGAAGAAAAUCAAAGAGGAGUUUUUGUGAUUAUUUGUUUUUAUUGUUUAAUUUUACUUGGUAACUGUAUUUGUAAAUUUGGAGAACAAAGAGCUUAAUUGAUAUUGUUCAAUACACAUAAACAUUAUUAUUUGGUAAAACAUGUACAUAAACGUUCAUAUUUGGUAAUCCUUAAACGGAUUUAUAACUAAAAACAAAUUGUGUACGUACAGUACGUUAUUACAAAAAUGAUCAACAACACAAGUCGCUUAUAAAUUAUUUGCCUAAUUAAAAAAAGGAGCCGGGAGUUGUCACGUUUGCACUUUGUCCAUUUUGAUGUCUUCGAAUGUGUUGUAAGUGGAUUUCUGCUCUUGCGGUUUAUUCUUUGUUUCAUUUAGAUUAUUCCACGAUUGUGUUUCCCCGCUUCCGAAAAUAUCAUAUAUUAUUCCACUUGCUAAGUACACGGAGCUGGCUAUGCAGAAUACCACAGUCCACAAUUCUCUUUCAGUCUACAACAAAAUAAUUAGCUAUUAAAAAAUUCUUAAUAGAUAAUUGAAAAUCACCUCUUGGUAUCCCGUAAUUAAAACUACGAGAUCCACGAUGAGCGGGGACACCAGCGAGAAGAUAUUAGAUAUGCUGUUGGUCAAUGCCAUUAAAGUAGCUGCAUGUAUCGGCGAUAAAUCUAUAUGAUUCACGUUGUAACCAGAAUAAAUAGCUGAAUUGAAGCCUACAGCUGUAGUUAAUAAAAAUAUAGCUGCCGUUGGUUUAUCAGAACCCACGAAAGUUAAGCAUAUUAGGGAUAAUGCUGGUAUAAACAUGCCUAAAAAGAGACGUGUUAAGUGGAAUAUUGAUUUCAUACUUCUAACUUACCGAUGCUAUUGAAUAUUUUCCUGCUAGUUCCAGUUGUUACAUAACCUUUGGUUAUUAGAUAAUCCGCUAUCGGUCCCAUGAACAAACUUAAUAUCCAAUUUACUAAAUAAGGUAGAGAUGAUAACGUGCUGUUCUGGAAAGGAAUCAUUCGGUCUUCAAAUCAAUAAUAUAGUAUGAGAUGCAGAAGUACUUACGGACUUCAAAUCGAAUUGCAAAAUUUCCUUCAAAUAAGAUGGGAUCUCCGUCAGCAGAGUCCAAAAACCGAAAUUUUGACCGCAAUGAGCGAUCAGAAUGGCCCAAAAUGGCGGUGACAUGAAAAUAUGCAACCAAGGCGUUGGAACCUAUUAAUAAUAAACUUAGUCGUAAACAAUUAUUAAUUUUAUUUAUUGGACAACUUACUUCUUCUUUUUCAUCGGAAACGACCUGUUGUUGUUCAAUAUAUUGUCUCUCCGAUAAAGUAAUGGUUUUGUGUUUGGACGGGCAGUCUGAGCCGACAAUGAAAUACACAAGACCCCAUAGCAUACCCAAAGCUCCGUAUAAAUAGAAAACUGCCGGCCAACCGAAUCUCGAAUCUGAUAUCAAUCCUGCCAGAGGAAAAGCAAUUACGUUUCCCAAAGGUCCAGCUGAAAUAAAUAUACAAUAAAGAAUACAUAAAGACAAAAGUUGAUUCUUUUAUGCACUUACCUGCGUAAACAAAUGUCCCGAUUUUGGCUCUAUCCUGAGGAGCAGUCCACGAGCUGAUCAGACAAUGCACCGAUGGAAACAUGAAUCCUUGAGUCAAUCCUGUGAUAAUUCGACAGACUAUAACGCCGAUGUAUCCGGUCGCGGCACCAACUGGAGGGACUAGAGCGCAAAAUAAGGCAUUUAUGAACAUGGCACCGCCGAAGAACCACUUGGGCCCCCAUUUUUUGAUGAACUGGCCUGCCACUACUUGGAAGCAAAUGUAGCCCCAAAAGAACGACGAGAGCAUUAUGUUCUUGUGCUCCUCCCAUUCUGGAUACGA